AAGUUUCUAUGUGAAUCUAUCAAAAGUGCCGCAUACUGCCGUAGGAUAGCUAUAUUAUUUGUUAUGAAUUGACCUUAUUAGAUGACAUCUGUUGAUGAUUGGUAAAUCAACCCUAAACGCCAAAUGCUUCCUGUUGUUGUUUUUCGGUGCUCCAGGCACAGGGAAAGGAACAUUUGGAAGGCUGUUGGCCUCUGAUUUGAAUAUAGAUCAUGUUUCAUCAGGUGAUAUACUGCGUAAAGAGAUCCAAAGGGGCUCCACACUUGGUCGUCGGGUGAAAAAGAUAGUUGAAUCAGGUCUUUAUGCCGAUGAUGACACUAUAUGCAGUAUAGUCAGCGCUGAGUUGGCGCUAGCCUCUCGAAGUUUAAUCUUGGAUGGAAUUCCUAGGACAGCCGCACAGGCACAGUUUCUGAAAUCCAUAUCUCUCAAAUCGAAUAUUCCACUCAUAUCGGUAGAUUUAACGUUGGAUCGAAACAUUUUGGUAAAACGCUUAUUAGGCCGAAGGCACUGUGCUCAGUGCAAUAGUAGUUAUAACAUUUGCACUAUUAGCUCCGGUGAAUAUGAAAUGCCUCCACUGCUGCCUUCUAAGGCCGACUUGCUGAAGUGCAACGGUUGCGCGAAAUUACACCAAAGGCCUGAUGACACUGAAGAGAUCAUUCAGAAUCGUUUGUUAACAUACGAAAAAAACCACAAGGAGGUUUUUCGUGCUCUAGAAGGUAUACCAACGAUGACAUUUGCAAUAAAACGGGGCAUUGAUGAUUACGGCAAAUUCAAAGUUAGCUUUGAGAAAUUUCUACAAAAUAUCACAAUUGACCAACUAUUGUAAACGAUAUUUCCCUAUAGUUAACUAUGCCAACUAAAUGAACAAAUCUGUGGUAUUAUGUUCUUAAUCUGAGGGGAAAUAUAAUAUCCUCUCAUCUUCCGCUGUUAAAUAUAGACUUAGAACGU